AUGAUGCACUCCGCUAUCUGGCUGACAAAAGAAGCGCCGGUUGUCAAGAAUGUGAGUCCUGGCUGGCACGAUAAGCUGUUUAAUGGAAGCUUCCUGCACCAGAAUGAGUACCGGCAGCCGGCAAGUCCGGAGACCGACGCUGCUUGGGAAGCUCUAGGUGUAAAUUAUCGAAGCGUAGUGGUAUCCCUAGACGAAGCUGAGCAAACCGGACUGCGAUCUGAGCAGGUCCAAAUAAGCCAAGAGUACGGUGGUGGCUUCCCAGCAAACGUGGAAGGUUUGCAUCAUUUGCACUGCUUGAAUCUCCUGCGCAAGACUCUGCAUUGGAAUUACGACUACUACAGGGCACUCGGGGAGGGCGCCUUUGUGAACAGCGAGUACAUUGUGCAAGUGCAUACAACCCACUGCCUCGACAUUCUGAGGCAAGUUUUGAUGUGCAAUCCGGAUGUCGGAGUACUCGGCCAAGUCUGGUGGCAGGCCGAAGACGAAGACUAUCCUUCAGCUUUUGUCGACUUCAACACAGUGCAUCGAUGUCGCGACCAUGAAGCAGUCAGAGUCUGGGCCGAAGCAAACCAACUGCCUCCAGAAGAUCAGGUGAACAUGUCGCGAUUUUACGAGAUGCCUAAGCCAGGAACCUCGGUAUUGACGGAGAUCCCUUGA